GCUAUGAAUAAAGAGCAAGUGUUUUAUGGCAAAGAAAAGCUAUAUAUUUAUUGACAGGUGAAUAUUAGAGAUAGCUAGAUUGCUUGUGUUCAUUUUUGCCGUAUAUAUUAAUCCUAUGUUUAAUUAAUUAUAUAUGAGACAGUGUAUCGGAGACACUGUGUUGUAUGUACGUGUUAGUUCGUGUUUUAUGAUGGGUGUGCCAACCAGAGGUAACCAAAAUUGGUCAACAGCCGCAUUCAAUUAGGAAAUAACUAUAUAUGGAGCAUUUCACUUGUGUGAAUCUUUGCUCAGGGGUGAGGGACAAGUUAUCAUAUACAGUCGCAUCUUUUUGGAGCAAUGUCAGUUUUGGUUUUGAAUCAUGUCAGAAAGGCCAAUACACACACCGCUAGUACAGAGUCGUUUGAGAUUGAAUCACUGAGCGUAGUGACAUUCACUAUAUUGCAGUAAGAAUUUUUUCUUACAAGAAUGGACAUAGGGCUAACGUUCAAAUGCAGAAAGCAUCACAUGGCCAAUUCCCAGGGCUUCCAGAGGAGUCUUGUGGUGAACCAGCAAACUCGGACUUUGCCAGCUGUUGGUUUUCUCAGAGAAAGCAUCUCCGGCAUUGGCAUCUCCUGCCCCCUGAGAAUUUGGACCUGCACAGCCACAUGAUCUUGUUGCUGAGUGAGAGUGUAAACAUCAGGAGAGACAGCAGCUGUGGUGUUUCUGGGCAUAAUGACUCAUCCUGUACUGACCCAGUCAGUCAAUAUAUGUAUUUUCUCUCUUGUAGGCUAAUUGUAGCAUACAGUGUAAAAAAAAGGCUAUGACUCAUGUAGUUGUUUUCUCCGCCAUUUGUAGGUGAAUGCUUUAUUAUAAGGCAGAAUCAGUUCCUAGUCUUCCUUUAGCUUACACCAUUUUUUAAAUGUCCUCUUUUUCAUCUGUGGAAAAAAAUUACAUUUUAAAUAUGUCAGCACCUAUGCAGACUUUUCUACUGAGAGCAGUCUUUUAGUGGUCUAAUGUUUGUGCUUAUUCUGGAGUUCUAGAGCCCAUGAACAUAGUGACAAUUUGCAUGUUAUUGCAUGAUGAUCUUUAGUGAUCACACUAGUUUCUGAAGUACAGGUAUCUAAAUUGCACAGUUAGAAUAGUGGAAAGCAUUUAUUGUAUACUCCGUAUAUUUUAAAAAUCAUUUGUUUCUACUCUAAAAUCUGGAGUCUUGUGCUCUCUCCAGUUGUAAAUUUUUUGAGAGCCUGUCGAGACAGAAUCAGCACAAAUUCAGACUUAUGUGUAACCUGUUAUAUAAAAACGAAAGACAAGGAAUCUUCAGACUCGUUCAUGUCCCUGGAGGCCUGUUCCAUUGCUGUCAGAUCACUCUUUCACUGAUGUUCAGGGGUGGCUGCUGUAGUUGCACAUAACGUUUAGCAUUCUAGGAAUUAAUAGUUCAUUAUCACAUUCUUUAGGUAUUACUACUAUAAUUAAAUAGGGAUCUUUUUAUUUAUUUUUUGUGAAGACUGACACAGAACUGGAACAGAAUUUAGAGGUAAACCUUUUGAUGAAUGAGUGGCUUUCACUGGAAAUCUGUUUAUGCUGCCAAAUUUGUACCAUCGUGUACAUACCUGAAGUAAGCUAAUGUUUUGAAAUCCCGGUGGGAUAUGAUGCUGUCGCUUUAAGAUCUAGUACAAGCUGUGGGCCAAAUCUGUGGUGACGUCACUGUGAAAUAGUUGCAGUGUUUCCUACCGAUAAAACAUUCUUCAGUAUCUUCAGUGACUGAAUGCCAGUGGCGCAUAACUUAUUGGUGUAUUUCGGAACUAGCAGCUCAUGAGCUCAUUCAAUGGCACCUUUCUCAGCUGUAAUUGUACCCACGUGAUUUGGAAUAAGGAACCCCCCGUGUACGCUGCAUGCAUUUGUAAGAUUGCAGAAGUGAAGUAGAAAAGGCUAUAACUGAGUCUGUCCCCUGAAAGUGCAGCCUGUUCGGGAAGCCCUUUGAUGGUGGGAAGAGGAUGGAUAAUGGCAGCCAGCACCCCUCCAUGUUGCGCCUGCAGGAGAUCCAGCAGGAGGUGGCCCGGCUGGGCCAGCAGGUGUGCACCUUCAGCGGGCUGCAGAGCGACCGCGAGUACCGGCGGCUGGAGCGCGAGCUGAGCCGGCUGCAGAUGGAGGUGGACCAGGUGGAGACGGAGGGCAAGGCCGAGCUGCAGCAGGCCCGCAAGCGGGCGGCCCAGGAGCUGGAGGGGCUCCUGCGCUACCUGGAGGAGAACGCCACGCACCCGUCCCGCCUGGCCAUCGAGGAGCUGAGCCAGGAGGCGCAGCGGCUGGUGGAGCAGGGCGUGGUGGAGCCGCAGCGGGCGGGCGCGGCCGAGAUCGGCGACGAGCUGGUGGACGCCAUCCAGGAGCUGGUGCUGCGGCUGACGCAGGUGAAGACGGGCGGGCGCGUGCCCCUGCGCAAGGCCCGCUACCGGGCGCUGACGCGCGUGUGCGCCGUGCAGGACGUCAUCGAGGGCCGCGCCCGCCAGCAGACGCUGCCGCUGCCGCUGUCCGAGGGCACGCACGCCGCCGUGCAGCGCAUCAACCAGGUGAUGGUGCAGGUGAGCGGCGCACGCAGCCAGCUGGUGGCGCUGCUGAUGGGCCUGAGCGGGCGGGACAGCUGCGCCCACCUCUCCCGCGUCCUCACUGAGCUGCUGGUGGAGCUGGACGCCCUGGACGUGUCCGGCAACGCGUCCGUCAGAAACUACCGCAAGCGCGUGGUGGAGGAGAUCAACGGCCUGCUCAAGCACCUGGACCUGGAGGGCGAGGGAGACGACACGUGCAGAUACGAUCUGGCCCAGAACGAUUCCAUCCGGCAGAUCGAGGCGGUGCGCGGGCGGGUGGCCCAGCUCCAGGGCGAGGUGCUGCGUCAGGGCGGGGCCGGCGAGUUCAGCUUCAAGCCCAAGGCGGAGCUGCAGAGCCUCCUGACGCACCUGGACCAGGUGGACACCGCCCGCAACCCCUGCAUCCGCGAGGCCCGCCGCCGAGCCGUGCUGGAGCUGCAGGCCGUCAUCACCUUCCUGGACCUGCGGGAGGCGCUGGAGAGGCGGCAGCCGGGCCCCGAGGAGCACCCCUCGCACCGGGCCGUGUGGCAGGUCCUGGCCAGCCUGUCGGACCUGCAGGCCCAGGUCCUGGGCUUCGACGGCAAGCGCGCCGACAAGAGCUACAUGGUGCUGGAGGAGCUCCUGACCAAGCAGCUGCUGGCCCUGGACGCCGUGGACCCGCAGGGCGACCAGAUGACCAAAGCCGCCCGCAAGCAGGCCGUCAAACUGGCCCAGAACAUCCUCAGCUACCUGGACAUGAAGACUGACGAGUGGGAGUAUUGACCCCUCCCACCGGGACCACCCCCCACCCCGUGUGUCCGCUCCCAAACGCAGAUGGCAUGAUGUCAUAUCACCCACUGAUCUGUAGACUGGAAAUGGCCUCCUGUAUGAUGGCUGUGUGUGUACAUAUAACAUAUGAAGGUAAUCUAUGUAUUGGGAGUGUGUAAAUAUUAACGGAGCGCUAGAGUGCACUGCAGUGGUGGCCCCCAUUUUGCCAUCUCCCCGUCUGAUCCGUGGAAAACCGAAUAGUGAUUCAUUUGUUGGAGAGGAAACCGCAUAUUACUCUUCCAUUGUGUGCUUGAAGUAUCUGCAGCAUCCCUGAACGCCUGCUUGUGAUUUUUGAUCGUCCUUGUCGGUGCGGUGCUGGAAGCUGGACCAGAAGCCUGCUGGGUCUGCUUUCUGCUCGGCCGGAGAGCAAUUCCCUCAGUGACAAGGGACCAACCUUGCAUUUUUUUUUUAAAAACGAUGGCUCUGCAAUUCCUUUUAUCCGCACAAGAUUUAGUCUAUCAGAAAAACGGCCCAAAAUAUCUAUUGCCAGAAAUUAUGCACUUUAUUUAUAGAAUGUGUUUUAUUUGUCUGUUAUAAAUUCAGCUCCAGAUACGCUUUCAAGCAGCUGCAGUGCAAGAUCUCCACCCUACCACGCUGUCACCACCAUAUCACGCAGAGGUUAAAAACCACCUCCUGCGCUGUAUCCUUAUACAGUAACGUGGAGGGGGAAUUGCAUGAAAUCCAGCUAGGAGCAUGAAAAAGCUUCCCCUGUGGAAUGAGCUGAGAGACCAGCCUAUCAGAAGCGCCAUCAAACAAGCAACCGAAGGGCCUGCCUUUGUCUGUCGGAGUCUGCCUGGACUUGUGAACGCGCGGUGGUGAAGAGCCCGGCUGCUCGCUCGCUCGCUCGCUCGCUCUUAUUUUUAACCGCGUAAAGGAAAGAGCCUUGGCUGGGUAAGCCAGAGGCCAGGGGUGUCGCGUUUGAAGCGCGGACGGUGAUCAGAGCGGACAGGGUGGAUCUCUGCUCCGAGUCGCGCGCGCGGGGGGGGGGGGG